AGGCAUAAAUAUUUAUUGUAAAGUGGUUGAUAGAGAUAUUGAAGAUGCACGUGAUUUCUUGAAUAUCUUUUGUUGAAUUGUGGGUUGUAUAGAAUCCAAGUAUGCAAUAACAUAGAGAGUUGAAUGUAAGUUGUAUCUAACAUACACAUGAGAAUAAUUAUGGUUCCUUAUAUAUUGUGAUGUUAGAUUGAUCAAACAUUCACACAAUAAAGGUGAUGGAAGUUAAGAGAGUACAAACCUUGGCUCUUAACCAGCUGAACGAGCUUCCACCACAAUUUGUUCGUCCAGAUAAUGAAAGACCAGAGAACACCAAAGCAUUGGAGGGUGUUAAUGUGCCUGUCAUCUCAUUGUCUCAACCACAUAAUGUUUUGGUGACGAAAAUCACUGAAGCUGCUUCUGAUUGGGGUUUCUUUGUCGUCACCGAUCAUGAUAUAUCGGCGAAACUCAUCAAAAAUUUGCAAGAUGUUGGUCAAGAGUUCUUUUCUCUACCUCAAAAGGAGAAAGAGGUGUAUGCAAAUGAUCCAUCUAGUGGUAAGUUUGAUGGGUAUGGGACUAAGAUGACCAAGAACUUAGAAGAAAAAGUUGAAUGGUUGGAUUAUUAUUUUCACCUCAUGUCCCCUCCUUCUCAGGCCAAUUAUGAGAUGUGGCCCAAAAAUCCUCCUUCCUACAGGAAAGUAACUGAAGAAUACAAUAAAGAGAUUUUAAGGGUGACAAACAAUAUCUUGGAGCUUUUGUCUGAAGGGUUAACAUUAGAGAAUAGUGUUUUGAAGUCUUGUUUGGGAGGUGAUGAAGUAGAAUUAGAAAUGAAGAUAAAUAUGUAUCCACCUUGUCCACAACCUGAACUGGCAUUAGGAGUUGAGCCUCACACUGAUAUGUCUGCUCUUACCCUACUUGUCUCGAAUGAUGUUCCCGGCCUUCAAGUUUGGAAGGAAAAUAGUUGGGUGGCUGUCAACUACUUGCAAGAUGCACUCUUUGUGCACAUCGGUGACCAACUUGAGGUGUUGAGCAAUGGGAGGUACAAGAGUGUAUUGCAUAGAAGCUUGGUGAACAAGGAACGCAAGCGCAUGUCGUGGGCUGUAUUUGUUGUUCCUCCGCACGAAGUUAUGGUUGGGCCUCUUCCUCUACUCGUCAAUGAUCAAAAUCCGUCCAAAUAUUCAACAAAAACCUAUGCCGAGUAUCGCUAUCGCAAAUUCAACAAAAUUCCACAAUAAGAAAAAGACAAUAAUACUUUAUGGUUGUCGUGAUUACUAAGUUGUAUCGUGUAAUAAAAUAUACUCUAUCGUAGACUUUGUAUUAGUUAUCAACUUCUUCUCACUAUGUCAAUUAACUAAAAUAAUUGUAAUGAAAUUAUUACAACUUGCAACA